UUUAUUGCUCUGAACCCCAAAUAAUACAGCAGCUACCUGUCCCUGCUGGGUCUGCUUGUCCGUGCCAGGACAUCACCCGUUCCAGUGGCUCAAAGUGAGAGGCAGGCAGCGAGUCCGACGGGCAGGCUCAGUAUUGCUAAUUCUUGCUACUUAGGGGCUUGCUAGGGGACAAGAGGGCACUGCUGGGGCUCUGCAGCCCUGGCUUUGCUCAGGAGGUGGUGGUGGAAGGUGCCUGGCCCAUGGCUGCAGCCUUGCUGGGACUGGGUGGGCAGAACUGAGGUGCCCCAAACAGGGACCCAGUCCUUCAGCUCAAUUUUGGAGGUGACACCAGCUAGAGGAAGGGUGAAACCCAACAUUAACACUGAGCAUGGAUUUAGUAGCAAUAAUAAUAUGCCCCCCCCUCCCUGGAGUCUGUUUUCUCUGGUGCAGAUGCUCCUGUGGGUUCGUUGUAGGGGGUUCUGCUGAGACCACUUGGCGCAGGUCACAGGGCUGGGCUCACGAACAGAUUUUCACAAAUCCCUUUAGGGACCUUCAGGAGCUGAGGGUGAAAGAGCUGAGAAGCGUGCGGGGACUCUGGCACAGAAGGCAGGAACAUGAGGGGCAUGGGAGACCAUCACCUCCGUGUGGGAUGGGAGCUGCAGGGGGCUCUCACCCUUUUUGCAGCCCAGGAUCUCACUAGGGGCACAUCUGCUUCUGCUGCCCGCUGUCACCGUGUCAUUUCCUUGCUUCUUCUCUCCCCAACAGUGACCUUCUCCCCAGCCACGUUAACUCGCCCUGCAGGCGGCUCAGCCACCUUCUUCUGCAACAUCUCCAUAGAGAACAACUCCAGCCUGGAGUACAAUCUCAACUGGUACAAGGAGACCAACCACAGUGAUGCCCAAAAAAUUGCUCAGAUCAGCCGGAGCAUCCCCCAGACAAAGACGGAGAAGUACCUGCUCUCCAACCACGCUCCUGUCUUCAAGAUCGAGAUCCUGAACCUCCACCAGAACGACUCGGGCUCCUACUACUGCGGGCUGAUCGCCUUCUUCCAACCCAACAAAGUGGAGGAGAGCAACCGGUCCCACCUGGUGGUCACAGCAGCCCCUGAGAAGAUAAACACCACUGAGGAGCCCGGCGUGGAGGACAGCAGCCCCCCAAGCCACAUCAAGGCUGUGAUCCUGGGCGUCCUGCUGCUGGGCUGCGUGGUCGUGCUGGUGGUCCUCGGCUACUGCGUCGUCACCUACAGGAGAGGAGAUGUGCAGAAACCACCGAGUGAAAACGCUGCGGAGAAGGAAGAGAAGCCGCCCGUGGUGUCCGUGUCCACCGUGGACUACGGUGUGCUGGAGUUUCAGUGGGACCCGCACACCCAGCUGCCUCCCGAGACCUGUCCGGAUGACCAGACCGAGUACGCCACCAUCAUCUUCCCUGAGGAGAAACCUGUCACGCCCGAGCGGGGCAAGAGGCACCUGGACGAGAGGACGUGGCAGCCGCCGUCACAGCCCUGCUGAGGCCCAAAGCCACGUGUGUGUGCCGAGCAGAGCGAUGGAGGUGCUGCUGCUGCAGUUCGUGUCGGACAGCGCUGGCUGUGCUGGUGUCACGGCCACAGGACAGGCACCGAAGGACAGGGACAGGUCCCUGCUGGCCUGGUGCUGGGCUCCAGGUGCCUCCGUACUAAGGGCAGGAUGGGACCGAGCAGCGAUGCCAACGGGGCAGUGCCAAGGGAUUGUCUCCCAUCGUCCAUCUCCCACAUCUUCCUGGGGAUAUCUGGGGCAGCCGCCCUGCAUCCAACCCUGCCGGCAAAGCAGGGCUUUGGGACAGGCUCCAGAGCGAGAACAAGGGCAGUGCUGGGAGCUGCCACCCCACGGGAGCAACAUCCCAACCCCAGGAUCUUGUCCCAGCUCAGGGCAGGGACUUCUGCACGUACUGCUAUUUAACGAGCCCCUGGGAAGCUGGCGGGUGCUCUCAGACACUUUCCUCCUCUGCGGGGACGAGGGGCACUGCUGGGCAUCCCGGGACAAGGAUGCUGUGCCUGGUGGGAGCCGGAUCCGGCUGUGGGGGCGAAUAAAGGGUUUGGCGCCCGGGCUGUUUGCUGACUCGUGGCAGCAGGCGCGUGGGCAGGCAAAUAACAGCUCCUGGCAGCAUGCAGGUGAGAGCCGGGAGGCGGCGGUGUCUGUUGUGGUUCCUGGGCCCCUCCGCGCGAUAAGCAAGCCGCUCUUCCAUGAAACUGCUCUUAAUAAUUUAGAGAAUGAGCUGCUCCUCACCUGUGCUGGGCCUGGGUGCAGACGGGGAUGGAGCAGCCACAAAGAAGCCCCCCACUCCCCUUUCUGGGCUCAGCUUGGGGUGCUCGCCUGCCCGGCUGGGGACAAGGUGCUGGGGACUGGCUGCCACCACGCAGGGUGAUGCUCAUGGUGUGGUGCCUGGCACAGCCCAGCUGCGAAGCUGUCUCCAAACUUCCAUUUUUCCCUUGAAAGCGGUGCCAGGCAUGUGCAGCCCAGCCAAAAUCUUAUAGAAACCAAAAGAGAAAGCAGCAACAGUUGCUAGAGACUGGAGAAGCCCUGGUGAGAAGCAGGCUUGGAGGCAGCAGCGUCCUGCUGGGAGCCCAUGAAACCCCAAGCAAACAAAGGGCCAUUUGCAUACUGCACCUCGUGGCACUGUCAGCAGCUUUCUUUUUCCAUUACCGCAGCUAAAAGUAGCAUAGUCUUGAGACACCAGGCACCAUGGUCUGUGCCCUCUGGGGGCUGUGACAGCCAUGAGAAGCCUCCAGAGAAGAUCAUAGGGGAUGAGCAUCCAUCCAGGAUGGCUUACAUCCUUCCCUAGUGCAGGGCCAUGGAUGUGGUGGCCCCGCUCAGUCCCCUGACCCUCAGCAUGCUCCCCUGGGGCAGUGGCGUAUCUUACCCCGUGUUUACACACGUCACAGUGCAGCUCAGUCCAUCCAGACUCAGUGCAAGGAGCAGCUCCGCUCCUUGCCCUGCAGCAGCACCGUGCUGCCCCAGCAGCUCAAUGGUCGUGCAGGAGGCAGCUGCAGCAAGCAAGAAGUGGGAGCUCAGUCAGCAGUUUUGGUUCUGCCUUUCCCGUAAGAGCGCAUGCAGGAGGGUGGGCCCUGCUUCAUUUUUUCCACCCUACCUCUUUGGGCAGCAGGGGUGCCAGGCACGCCGUGGGGGCUCAGCACUUCAUGAAAACCUCAGCGAGCACCCGAGCCAUGGCAGUGCCUGCACCCCUCGGGGCACCCAGCAGCCUGACCACCUCCCCGUGCCUCGCAGGGAGCAAGGCAGUGGGGCUGGGGACAUGUGGGGUGCGUGGUGAGG